GGUGUCGCUGUGAGGCAAGUCGAGCUUUAUAGAAACACAGUAUUUCUUCGAAUAACACUGUAGUAUGCAUGUGUGGUGCAUCAGAGUGUUUCUGUUUAGGGUCAGUUGCUGCAUUUGAGAGCAAAAUGUUUACAUUACUAUUAAGAAAGUGGUUUGAAAGUACAUCAGCACGGACAACGAGGCAGCGUCAUAUUUAUCCAACGGUGGUUAAUCAGGUAUUCUGAUGUUCUUCUGAGUAUGUUUCAUCCAGUGCCCUAAAAUGAUGCUCCGUCUGAUAUCAUGCCACCGGUGGCGGACCAUCGUACAAACUGGAGUUUGGUUAAGGUGUUGCUCCACCUCAGUGAAGCCCAAAUCCCAGAAGGGCUCAGAUCAGACCCGUCUGAACCCUCUCAACAUCCAAAUGCUCUCCAGGAACCUGCAGGAGCAGAUAUUUCGGGGCCAGAUACAGGAGUACACGGACGAGGAUGUUGAACGCAGUAUAAGACACUUGGAGCAACAUAAACUCUGGGGAAAAGGAACAGACCUGUUACCUGACGUAGAACUCAAAUUACCUGAAAUGUACGGCAAUGACAUUGACGAGCAUUUCCGAUUACUUGCCCAAAAGCAGAGCCUUCCUUACCUGGAUGCGGCCAGCCAGCUUCAGGGAGCACGGCUUCCCAGGAUGCCCAAGGAAUGGGCUUGGGAAGUGGGUUGGACUCGGUAUGGGGCGGGUGGAGAGUGCCACAGAGUGAAUUUCCCAGAUGAGAAUGCUAUUGUGUUUGAUGUGGAAGUCUGCAUGGCAGAGGGACACUGUCCUACGUUGGCCGUGGCUGUUUCCCCAACUGCCUGGUACUCGUGGUGCAGCGAGAGGCUCGUAGAGGACAGAUACACCUGGUCUAGUGAUCUGACGCUGGCUGAUCUCAUCCCCCUGGAGACUCCCACAAACUCCAGCCAGCCGCGGGGUGGUGUGUGGCAGGAGAGGCUCGUGGUCGGACACAAUGUGAGCUUUGAUCGGGCACACAUUAAAGAACAGUACUUACUGAAGGGCUCCAAGAUGCGUUUCCUGGACACAAUGAGUCUCCACAUGGCGAUCUCAGGGCUGACGGGAUUCCAGCGCUCGCUCUGGAUGGCCAGCAAACACGGCAAGAGAAAAGGCCUACAGGAAGUGAAGGAGCACAUGAAGCGCGUCAGCCGUCGCUCCGAGAGCCCGAUGAUUGGCUCAUGGGAAUGGCUUGAUAUCAGUAGUAUUAAUAACCUUGCUGAUGUUCACGCUCUCUACGUGGGCGGGGAACCGUUGAAGAAAGAACCUCGGGAUGUGUUUGUGAAGGGCAGCAUGUCUGAUGUUAAGACCAAUUUUCAGGAGCUGAUGCAGUACUGUGCUCUUGAUGUUUUAGCCACACAUGAGGUCUUCACAGAGCAGCUGCCUCUCUUUAUGGAGAGGUGUCCUCACCCAGUGACACUUGCAGGUAUGCUAGAAAUGGGCGUGUGCUACCUUCCUGUCAAUCAGAACUGGAGGCGGUACUUAGAAGAUGCUCAGGGCACUUAUGAUGAGCUGCAGAGAGAGAUGAAGAAAUCGUUGAUGAUUUUGGCUGACGAUGCCUGCCAGUUAUUGGAGGGUGAUCGGUACAAAGAUGAUCCUUGGCUGUGGGACUUGGAUUGGGACGUUCAGGACUUCAAGCAGAAGAAAAUGCCUGUAAGCAAGAAGAAAGCCAAACAGGAGGCCGAGGCAACACCAGCAGCCAACGAAAACGUACCCAAAGACUGGGACGAGGACCCAGGUCCUCCUUUAGAAGAAGAUGAGGCUGGUCUAGACCCCAGAAGAGAGCUUUUACAGAGACUGAAGGAAACCAUCAGCUGCCUGCCAAAGAGGAGACAGCACUUACCGGCCCACCCCAGCUGGUACCGUAAGCUGAGUGUGAAGAUGUCUGAGGCCGAGGACUGGUCUCCUGGAGCCAGUCUCAUCAGUCUGCAGAUGAGGGUCACGCCCAAGCUGAUGGGCCUCACGUGGGACGGCUUUCCCCUGCACUAUACUGACCAGCACGGCUGGGGUUACCUGGUACCAGGCCGCAGAGAUAACCUGGACAUCUCAGAGGAUAGUGAAGGACCUGUAUGUCCAUACAGGGCAAUUGAGAGCAUCUAUAAGGAGUAUUGUGAACGGAAGGGGAAGGAGCAGCCCCAAUAUCUGGACAUCCCACCUUCUGAUGACUUCAUGUUGACGGACAGUGCCGUGUGGCAGACGGUUGAAGAAGUGAGUCGAUUGGAGGUGUUUGAUGAUGAAGUGCUGAGUACAGCAGGCCCAUCCAAGAAGAUCAAGAAAAAACAAAAUUCAUUACCCAAAAAUGGGAACGGCGAGUGCUCCUAUCACCAUGGGAACGGACCAUACAAUGAUGUCAACAUCCCUGGGUGCUGGUUCUUCAAACUGCCUCAUAAGGAUGGAAAUGAGAACAAUGUGGGCAGCCCAUUCUCAAAAGACUUCCUAUCCAAAAUGGAGAGCGGUACGCUUCAGGCAGGACGUGAAGGUACGAACGCCACACGGGCGCUAGAGAUCAACAAGAUGAUGUCCUUCUGGAGAAAUGCCCAGAAACGUGUCAGCUCCCAAAUGGUAGUAUGGCUCCGCAGGGCAGAACUGCCGCGCACCGUCAGACUACAUCAUGACUAUGAUGAGAAUGGACAAAAUGGUGCCAUUUUACCACAGGUCAUCCCAGCUGGAACGGUCACUCGCAGGGCUGUAGAGCCCACGUGGCUGACUGCGAGUAACGCUCGGAAAGAUCGUGUAGGCAGUGAGCUGAAGGCCAUGGUGCAGGUGCCUCCUGGUUAUCACCUGGUGGGAGCAGAUGUGGAUUCUCAAGAGCUGUGGAUCGCUGCCAUGCUGGGCGAAGCACACUUUGCAGGAAUACAUGGAUGCACAGCGUUUGGAUGGAUGACGCUCCAGGGAAAGAAAAGUCAGGGCACGGAUCUGCACAGCCGUACCGCAGAUGCUGUGGGCAUCAGCCGUGAACACGCCAAGGUCUUCAACUACGGGCGGAUUUAUGGAGCCGGCCAGCCGUUUGCCGAGCGACUGCUCAUGCAGUUCAAUCACCAACUGAGCCAACAGGAAGCAGCCAAUAAAGCUCGGCAGAUGUACGCACUUACCAAAGGACUGCGCAGAUAUCACCUGUCUGAGGAAGGGGAAUGGUUGGUAAAGAAGUUGGAUGUAAAGGUGGAAAGGGCUGAGGAUGGCACCAUCUCGCUCCAGGAUUUGCGUAAAAUCUCAAAACUGGCAUCCCAAAGUACCACUAGGGGGAGCAAGAGGAAGUGGAAUCUCACUGGGAAGCGUGUGUGGACGGCCGGGACAGAAUCAGAGAUGUUCAAUAAGCUGGAAAGUAUCGCCCACUCUGAGGAACCAGCCACUCCAGUGCUGGGCUGCAGGAUAUCCAGAGCUCUGGAACCGUCUGCUGUUCAGGAUGAGUUCAUUACCAGCAGAGUCAACUGGGUGGUUCAGAGUUCAGCGGUGGAUUAUCUCCAUCUGAUGCUGGUGGCCAUGCGCUGGCUGUUUGAGGAGUAUGACAUUAACGGGCGCUUCUGCAUCAGUAUUCACGAUGAGGUGCGCUACCUGGUGAUGAGCGAAGAUCGCUACAGAGCUGCGCUGGCCCUACAGAUCACCAACCUGCUCACCAGGUGCAUGUUCGCAUAUAAACUGGGAAUGAUGGAUCUGCCGCAGUCAGUGGCUUUUUUCAGUGCGGUGGACAUCGAUAAGUGCUUACGGAAGGAGGUGACCAUGGACUGCGUGACUCCAUCCAAUCCCACAGGAGUGGAGCGGAGAUACGGGUUACUACAAGGUGAGGCGUUGGACAUUUAUCAGAUUAUAAAGAUCACCAAAGGGUCUUUUGCCAAACAACUACAACAAGCUGCAAAGUUAAAGUAAUAUCUGUGGCAUGAAAAGAAUAAAUGCAGGCCAUGCGGACCGUCUCAACACAUUAAUGGCCAGCCCUAGUGUGAACUCAAAAAAGGGUGGUGUUCUCCGUUGAAAUGAAUGGACGGGGGUGAAAAAAGUGCAAAAGAAGGACUGAACGCAUUUUUCACUGCUUCCUCCUCUUUUUCUUUGGUGCUUGAUUUUCCUCUGAAGGCUGAGAAGCUUCAGUCUAAGGAAAGAAAGACACCAUUGAAGAUUAAGAAACCAAUCCCAGAGUUCUGUUGGAGAAAGAACAUGUUUAAACAAAGACAAACCUGUUGGCUUUCAUCCUGCUGCUGUUCCUGUAGUGCAGCGUCCAGAGUGGCUGCGUUGAUUCGGAAGUCUCUGGAAGUGCUCAGCUUCAUAUACUGCAUCAGAUUGACCUGUGUAUAGACAUUCACAGAUGUGCCUCAGUGUUUCAGAGGUUUUUGUUAUUGUAUUUAUGAUUUAUGGGCAAAAACUUAAGAGAUUUUACCUUGGAUUUCUUGGAGAGAAGAAUGAGAAACUUCUCAUACUGUUCAAUGUUGAAAAUGAGGUUCGGGAUGGCUUUGGUCUCACGAAGAACUUUAGCCUGAAAUCAAAUCAGAUGUACAAAACAUUUAAGUAGACGUUGCACUCCAAGGCCUAAAUUGUUACCAAAAUAUUUGUAUUAAAAUAACUUGUUUUUCAGUCUCAGGUAAUAAAUUUAAAUAGUUCUCACUGAA